AUGGAGCCCGUCCUGAUUCCCAUUCCUAUUCAGGGCAUGAUCAAGUUCUACACUGAUCAGCCAAAGGUCGGAAGUCAGUUGAACCUCGAUAGUGCGCCAGCCCUCGCGCCAAAUCUCCAGGCUCCUCCAGAGAUCCAGACAUCCUCCGGAAAGGUUUCAACAAGCACUCGCGCGCGUGUUUUUGCGACGAACGACGGGGUAAACGACGAGGCCAGCGACUACGAAAUGUCAGUCUCUAAGGAGAGCCGCCCUUCCGAGGGCUUCCACCAGGAGUACAUUGCGUCUCUUCGCUAUCGCAAUGACCUCCCUCCUCCAGAGAUGCCUCCCAAGUUCCUAGACAUUCCCCAUGAAGGACUUGAGCGGUUUCUCACUCCGGGAUUUGCCUCCAACAUGGCCAGGCGCGAAGAGCCGAAUAUUGACGUGGAUGCCGAGGGCGGUAUGCCCAUCGACUUAGUUGGUAUCCCAGGGCUUCAUUUGGGUGAUGAAAGCGCUAUCAUGGCUCCUGAGAACCCUCCACCUGUUGAUCCCGCAGAUCUUCCCCUUCUUACUAGCUUGGAUCAACUGAGGAACCCCGCUCCGAAAAAUGCCAACGUCAGCUUCCUUCGUCGCACACAGUACAUCACCGCAGGAACACGUGGACCAGAGGGUGUCAAGACUACGCCUGGGAAAGUGAGAGCACGGCAGGCAAAUGACAAAGCCAAAGUGUCGAACGAUGACCCUACGUACAUUAAAAAGUAUAUCACCAAAGGAUUCGACAUUGCCUAUCCAGAGAGCAAGCAUACAGGCGAGGAUACUGCCGAUCGCAUUAAAGGGCAUACUCCCACCAAAGCGGAGCUCGACGCAUGGGCGAAUCCCGUGCAUCCUGACAAUCCCAAACUCAAACCCGUCGGUUUCUAUCCCAUCCUUCCGGACUUGCAGGGGUUCCCCGACCCAGGCGGCUUUGUCCAGUUCAAGUUCGACAAGAUUCCCGUCCAACCGGUUGCAGGAAAGCGAGACGAGCGCAUGGAUGUUGCCAUUCUAUCCCCAUCGGCCCCCGAAGACCGCAUCUGCCAGGAUCACGCCGCGAAAGUCGCUCUUCACAAGGCUAACCCGAGCUUAUAUCCUGAUCCCGGCCCCAUUCCGUGGGACUAUGACCUCUUCUUGCCGGAACAGAAGGGCUCGGUGAAAAAGAUUAAGCGCAGCCUCAGUAUCUCGGACCCAGAUCGCGACAAUGAGGAUAACUACACACAUGAGGAGGGCGAGCGCAAGUUCCAUCGUUAUGAUCGUAUUCGCACCUAUGCCACGAGUUCUCAGACUCUCAACACCGACCAGAGACAGCGGGACAUUGCUGUGACACUGUUUGACCCAGAGGAGGUCAAAGACACGGACUCCUCUUCUACAUCACAUCUGACCCAGAAGGCCGCCUAUUACUAUCCAAUCCUGGGCAAGACCCGUCUCCAGCCCGAAAGGGCCCGGAAAUUGGCCAAGGCCGGUCUCGCUCCUACACGUCCUCAAGCCAAAGAAGACCAGGCCGACCAGAUCCAUGUUGUGGUUCGUGACCCUGAUGAAGCUGAGAUCUACAAGCGCAGUCUGCACCGAGCGGCUGUGGACCCGAAUUUUGCGAAAACGAUGCCUCCACCCCCAGAAGGAGCAGAGAGAACAGAGAGAGCCGAGGGAACGGAAGAAGCAGAGGGAGCGAACGGGGAGAAAGAGCCUGCUCAGGAAGAGCAGGGUGAUGAAGAGCGCCAUGAGCAUAACGAGCAUCACGACGAAGAGGGCGACUCUGCAGCUGAAGCAGCUCCCGAAGAAGAACACCAAGAAGAAGAAGAAGAAGAAGAGCCAGAUGAAUUUUAG